CCGACAAACACCUUACAAUGUCAACGCGCCAGCUCGUCGCUGGCGUCACGCGCGCAGCGAGGCCAGUGUACGCCCACGCCCGCCCCCUCCGCCUCCUCACCCCCGCCGCGGCGCGCCCCACCGUGCCUUCCUCGUCCGGCCUCCGCUCGCUGCACACAUCGCUUCGCCGACUGCAGAAGGAGCCCGACGCGCCGCAGGCCGACCUGCCUACCCAGACCACUGCUGAUGUCGAGCGCAAGCUCCACGAUGCGGAAGCUGCUGCCAGCUUCAAUGACCCCAUGACCCGCUACGAGUUCCUCGUCAAGGAGGGUAUCCUUCGGGCGGACCCGCAUCAGAAGAACAUGGUCAAGAAGCUCCAGCGGCUGUGGAACGACCUGAAGGAUUAUGAUCCCGGAGAGAUCCCCGAGCUGUCGACUGAGGUCGAGCCGAGUCUGUUUGGCAAGUUCUUCACGCGCAAGACGUCGGCCCACGAGCCGACGAUCCCUCUCGACCAGAUCCCCAAGGGCCUGUACCUCUACGGCUCGGUCGGCACGGGCAAGACCAUGCUCAUGGACCUGUUCUACUCGACCCUGCCGUCCCAGUUCCAGCCGACUGGCAAGUACAAGGCGACGCGUAUCCACUUCCACGCGUUCAUGAUCGAGGUGCAGAAGCGCCAGCACGAAGUUACAGCUCGAUACGAGCGCGACGGGCAGGGCAAGCGCGACGCGCUCCCCGAGGUCGCUAGAAGUAUCGCCAAGGAGGGCCGUGUGUUGUGUUUCGACGAAUUCCAGGUCACGGACAUUGUGACUGCCAUGUUGUUGCGCGGCUUGUUUGAGCGCCUGCUCGACUAUGGCGUCGUGUGCUUCAUCACCUCCAAUCGACACCCAGACGAGCUGUACAUCAACGGCAUCCAGCGCGAGUCGUUCAUCCCAGCCAUCGAGCUCAUCAAGGAGCGCUUCGAGGUCGUCGACCUGAACUCGGGCACUGACUACCGCAAGCUCCCCCGUACCAUCACGCACGUCUACUACUCGCCCUUGAACGAGGAGACGCACAACGAGAUGGACAAGCUCUUCCACGCGCUCACCCAGGCCGACUCUGACCCUGAGAUCAAGGUUGGCCGCAAGCUGAGCCUCUGGGGUCGUGAGCUCCGGGUCCCCGAGAGCUCGGGUCACGUCGCGCGGUUUACCUUUGACGACUUGUGCAACAAGCCUUUGUCCGCAGCCGACUACCUCACGAUCACGGGCAAGUUCUCGACGGUCUUCGUCGAGGACAUGCCCAAGUUGACGCUGAAUGAGCGUGACCAGACCAAACUGUUCAUCUCGUCAGCAAAGCCCAUCUACACCAUCUUCAGCGACGAGGGCGGAUCGACCGUCGACGCCGAGCAGAUGAAGCACGUCAUGGAGGAGCUGGGCAUCAACCCCGACAUCAUGACCUCGUCGUCGCUCUUCUCCAGUGACGAGGAGCUGUUCGCGUUCGCGCGCUGUGUCAGCCGACUGACGCAGAUGAGCACGAAAGAGUGGGCCGACGAGAGUGCGCGCGCGCACCCUAUGUAA